GCAAAGUGCACGUUUGUUUAAAGGAAGAAAAUCCUUUCUGCUUACAAUUCUGAAAGUUUUAAAUACUACUUAUUUUCGAUCUGUAAAUACAAUUUCUUGGAAACAAUAUCCUAAACGCCAAAUACAACUUACUCCCUAGUGUAAUUUUUUCUAAAUAGGAUCAUUUCCCUAAUUUCUUUACGAAAUUAAAGGGGUAAUGGGACACAGAGGAACACCAUGCAUUUAAAUAAGGUUUACCAAUGUAGUGAAGCCGUAUUGUGUUUUUCCUUCCCCCAACAUAUUUAAUUAAUUAAUAUAUUAUUUUAGUUUUCAAAGAUCGUUAUAAAUCUGACACUCUUACAGUGUCAAACUCGUUUUCUCUAUGUUAUGCCAACCCUGAUGUUCAACAUGUUCGCGGCUCAUCAGCCUCGGUUUAUGGUCAUUGUACUUCUGUCCAUCGAGAUCAUCACCUCGAGAUGCAGUUCCACCACGCAAGAGCUUCACACCGGCUUCUCGGCCACACCAGACUCUUCAACGGCGUCGUUUCAGGCAGUUCUCAAUGACUCCAGUGGAAACUUUUCUCUGGGCUUCCUCCGCGUGAACCGAAACCAGCUGGCACUAGCCAUCCUCCACGUCCCAUCCUCGGAGCCUUUCUGGGUGGCCAACCCAACCCGCGCAGCUUCCUGGUCCGACAACACGCGCCUCUUCUUCAACGGUAGUCUAGUGCUGUCGGACUCCGAAACGCGCCUUUCGUGGUCAACCGCCACAAACGGAGACCGUGUGGUGCUCCUCAACACCUCCAACUUGCAGGUCCAAACCCAAGGUCGUCCCCUCUGGGAGAGUUUUAACUUUCCAACAAAUACCAUCGUCCAGGGCCAGAAUUUCACUUCCAAAAUGUCUCUGUUAUCCUCCAACGGAUUAUAUUCGUUGCGGUUAGGCAGCGAUUUCAUGGGACUAUACGAAGGAAACGGGGAUUUAUACUGGAAACGCACAGUACUUGAGACGAAAGCGGAAGUGCAGGAAGGUAAGGGGCCGAUUUACGCCCGAGUCAACCCGGAGGGUUACCUUGGGAUGUAUCAGACAAACGACGAGAAACCCGCGGAUGUUCAAAAGUUCAACAGCUUUCAACAGGUUGUCACAGCGGCGUCGUUUUUGUUCGUGCGGAUGGAAUCGGACGGGAAUUUGAAAGGUUAUUACUGGGACGGUUCCGAGUGGCUAAUUAACUACCAGGCUAUUUCUGAGACCUGCGAACUCCCCCGGUCCUGCGGUUCCUACGGUUUGUGCACGCCCGGCGAGUCUGGAUGCUCCUGCUUAGAUAACCAGACCCGGUUCGAAGCGGGUGGGUGUUUCAACGAUGUUGGUGGAGAGUUGUGUGGGGAAGAAGGGAUUGGUGGGAAUAGAAACGGUUACUGGGUGCUGAGAAAGACCGGCGUGGAGCCACCGCAUAAGGAGCUCCUUAGCCACGUGACGAAGUCGUCUUUGGCGGAAUGCGAGGAGUUCUGCGAGAAGAACUGUAGCUGUUGGGGAGCGCUGUAUAACAACGGCACCGGGUUUUGCUACAUGUUGGAUAGUCCAAUCGGAACAUUGUUGGGUAGCGGAGAUGCGACAAAAGUGGGGUAUUUCAAAGUUAAAAAAGGGGAACGAGAAAAUAAACGGGUUUGGGUACGGGUCGGAAUUGUGAUUACGGUUUUGGUAAUGGUUGGGAUUAUUAUUGUUGGUACGGGGCUUUGUGUGAGACGAUGGAAAAGGAGAAGAGGAGUGAAGGAAGAGGAUUGGGCCUCGCCCGGCCCGUAUAAAAAUCUUGGAUCUGCGAGUUUUAGAUCCAUCGAAAUGAGCAAUAGAUAAUAGAGAGUGACGGAAGGGGUGACGCAUUGGUGUGGGUUGACAUUGGUGGGGUCCAUCUAAUCUAAUAUUAUUUUGUACAUGGCACUGUCAUGAGUGAUGUGUGACUCUUUUGGCUCCCUCAAUGCUUUUGACCUUUCCUUAUUUAUACGAAAGAAUUGGUGACUGAGUUGGGUGAAAAGGGGAAGGGGCUGUUUGUUUUCUCAUCCAACCACCACGAGGGGAAGCAAGUGGCAAUUUGGAAUGCUCGGUGCAGCCAAACAAGUAUGAGUUGAAUAUUUGGUGUAAUGAGUGGAAUUAUUCUUCUCUAGUUUUGCUGUGGGAUCUCUGUUUCUUUGUACUCCUAUUUCACUUCAAACUGCUGCCGCCCCCGUGCUAAAGUUCAAACCAA